AUGGAGGACCCCGCCAAGGCUAAUGCCGUCCAAGCCAAAUUAGCUAAGACUUUACAAAGAUUUGAAACUAAAAUUAAAGCAGGAGAUUAUUAUGAAGCUCAUCAAACUCUUCGAACCAUUGCUAAUAGAUAUGUACGAAGCAAAUCAUAUGAACAUGCCAUUGAAUUAGUAUAUCAAGGUGCUACUUCUUUAUUGAAGGCUAAACAAGGUGGCUCAGGUACGGAUUUAAUCUUUUAUCUAUUAGAAAUUUAUGACGUAGCAGAAAUUAGGCAAUCAAAGGACUCAAUUUCAAGAUUAAUUCAAUUGUUAGUGCUUGUCGAUGCAACGGAACCAAAUUUAAAAGAUGUGGCUACUGCUAUGAAUAAUUGGUCCAUUAAAUUUGGCGAAUAUAAAUUCGGUGAUCCUUAUAUACAUAACGUCAUUGCAUUGAAAUUAUUGGCAAAUGAUCAUGUUUAUGAAGCAGAGAGAUUUUUCGUCUUGGGGACUCAAGAAUCUGUUGAUAAAUAUGUGACUCUAAUUUGGGAUUGGUUCUUACAAGCAACCGAGGAUGCAAACGCAAACGAAAAUACAAGCGAACAUGUUGAUGUAUGCGAUUUCUUUAGUAGAUUGGUUUUCAAUUACUUAUUCAUUUUAAAUAUUAAAUUUGCUCGUUUAGCAUCUAGUACAUUCUUGAAUUUAUUCAUGGAAAAGUUCAAACCAUCACACGAAAUUAUUGAAAAGGGGAAUGCUGAUAAUAAAAUUGUUUUCUUUAGAGAUAUUCAAUAUCAAGAUUUAAAUUUCCUACAAUUAAUUCUUUUAACAUGCCAAUCGAGAGACAAAUCAUUGUUUUUGAAUUUGAAAGAUCAUUAUACGGAAUCAGCAAGUAAAUAUCAUUCUCAACUAGAAUUUUUAGGUCAAGAAUAUUUCGGUAUAGUUGCUCCAAGACAAUCAAAUUUCUUACAAGAUAUGAUGUCUGGCUUCCUCGGUGGUGGAAAUUAA